UGGGACAAUGUCUAUGGUUUCGACAUGAGUUGCAUUCGAAAGGUAGCCCUCACUGAACCGCUUGUUGAUGUAGUGGAUCCUAAUCAAGUGGUCUCAAACUGCUACCUCGUCAAGGACGUAGACAUGUAUACCAUAAAAGUGGAGGAUCUCACGUUCGCGGCACCCUUCACGCUUACUUGCAAGCGCAAUGACUACAUCCAAGCUUUGGUCACCUUUUUCAACAUCGAUUUUACCUGCUGCCACAAGUACGUAGGUUUCUCUACGGGCCCAGACGAGCGGCGUUAUACCCACUGGAAGCAGACUGUCUUCUACCUUGACAAUGGUGAGGUAGACUGCUUGACGGUGAAGAAAGGAGAGGACAUCCACGGUGUCUUCAGUGUGACCCCGAACGCCAGAAACAACCGUGACCUAGACAUCGCAAUCAAACUAAACUUCGAGGGAGAACUCUCUUCAAUGAAUUCCACAUUCACUUAUCGCAUGCGUUAA